GUGUUUUCUCAGGUCGUCUUGCGUUGUUCUUAGUGAUAGACAGUUACGAUUGCGGCAACGUUCGGACAGUUCGAGUUUCAUUCCAAUGUACCGUACUACUCGAAGGACUCGAGAGUAUUUGGAUGUUGAUUAUAUUUAAGUUAAGUUGAGAUUGAGCUAGUUUCGAAGCAUAUUUCAUCGAGCAAUAAACCAAAGUGCGUCGGAGUCGAGUUGUACUCCACAAACGUGAAUCACCGAAGGAAUAUAAAGCGGGAAAAAGACUUGGUUUUUUUUAGAAAAAAAUCUGGCCCGCAAGUGUCUGUGAUAUCACUAAAAUUUUCAAACCAUGGUUUCACUCGAAAGUGUGGGUACUUCUGAAACGCUUUCUUGAACUAAUCGGUGUAAGCUGAAAACGCGCCUCUGUAAGAAGACUGUUGAAGACGCGUUGUUUCGGUCGAGAUUUCGCGUAUAAAAAUCAUCGAAAAUCAAAACAUUGCAAAAAUUUUAAAGAAGGGAGUUGUUUCGAAAACGUCACGUCGCGACAUGAUGGACGAUCCGAAAAAAAUAGAAGCCUCAAACUCGCCGAAAGGUUCGCAAAGCUCCCAACCGACUCCUUUCAGCAUAGCGGAUAUUUUAAGCCGCGAAAUAUCCUCCCAGGAACCGGAGAGACGUCAAGACGCUUCCGAAGAGGUUGAAAAACUGACACAUCCUCUUCAGGGUAAACUCCUCGUUGAAUACGCGCGCACCACGAGCAGCCACCCUUUGACAGAAGCCGAGGCUCAUCUUCAGGGAACCCGGUUUCCAAGAUUUCCGUCACCGGAGUUGAGCAUGGCUCGCGAGCUCGAUAUUCUCAGACGAAAUUUAGCCCAGGCCAACCUAACCGGCUUCGGGAAUCUUCAGCACCUUGGACAGGGGAGCUUCAAGCACUUGGAAACUCUCGGGACGAUCGCGGCUUAUCAACAGAGCGCCACCGAGGCCAGAGACUCCGCGCAGCGACAACAGGACGAGGCUUUAGAUAUGAGCAAGAGCAAACUUUUCGACGACGUCGAGGAAGAUAUUUACGACUCUCAGUCUCACGGGCAAACACUUCAAGGCAGAAAGAAGAGGAGCAGAGCUGCCUUCUCUCACGCACAGGUAUACGAAUUGGAACGACGAUUCGCGGCGCAAAAAUACUUGUCAGGACCGGAAAGAGCCGAUCUGGCUCGAGGCCUCAAGCUCACCGAAACCCAAGUCAAAAUAUGGUUUCAAAACCGAAGGUACAAGACCAAAAGACGCCAGCAGCAGGAACUCGGCGCCCUUGUAAACUCUGGAUCCGCACGGCGAGUCGCGGUUCGCGUUCUUGUUCACCCGGACGAGCAUCUUCGAGGGGUCCCGCUUCCCGGUCCCGGCCAAAUUCCCGGACAGCAUCCCGGCGCCCAGAUACAUCCGGUGAACAAGGCGCUCUCCGGUUUUCCCUACUACUGCCUCCCGUAUCACCCCUUGUUGUGCCCACCGCUUCAUUCCGCUCAAAUACAAUCCCAGACCUCGAUACAGGAUAUGAAUCAGAGGCAACGAGAGAUGCAGCUUUCGAAAAAUGACGACGAAAAGUAAUACACCGUUACGAUAGGAUUAUUUUGAAUAUUGGACCUACGAUUGGUUUACUAUUUUUAUUUUUUUGAGAAGCUCAGACACGGUUUUCAACUUCCCGAGCUACGUGACGAUUCGUUGAAACAUUACGGAAUUUUAACUGGUUUGCGAAUAUUGUAUCCGCGAAACAUCGUGCAGAAAAAGAAACUAUAAUUUUAUUAAUUUUUUAAGAUCGUAUAUUAUCUGAAUCUUUGGACAUGCCAGCCAGCCGUUAGAAUAUAAUUGUAUAAAAUACUAAUAAAGGCACCGGAAUCGUGUAUACUGAAUAAGUUGUAAAGUGAACAGCCAAUCGGGGACGGAGAAUUGUAAGAAUUGAAAGAGAAAUUGGGUUCGGAAGACAUAUGCGUUUGUUAAAACUUGUUAAUUAUUCUUCCUCAAAAAUAAAUUUGGAUUCAUGAAGCGGAGAGAUUCGAGCACUCGUCAAAAAUUAUUAUUGAAUAACUGAAAUUCACUGACGGCACAGUAUUUAAACGCCAGAUAUAAUAUGCAAUUAUUUGUUUUUUUUUUUUUUUGCACUCGUUUUCCCGAUGCACGAAUUUCUUCGAACUCAAUAGUUAUGAUAAUUAUUAGAAAUAUCUAAUUACGUUCUGCGGGAAACUACAGAAUCGUUGAUAUAAUAGCUUAUUUAUUAUAGAUAUUACGAACUGUGUAUAUUAGAGUGUAAAUAAAUGUAUAGAUUGGGACCUACGGUCUGGAUAUGAGGAACAAAAAAAA